UGUGAGCUAAAGCUCCUACACACACUCACAUACACAUACAUACACACACACAUACACACAUACACACACACACUCCCACCCCUAAACCCCACCCCACCCCGCGCGCUACAGGGCCGCUUUAAAGUGGAAUCCGCGGAUGAGCAGCCACUCUCCAGCCAUGGAGGAGCUCACGGCGUUCGUGUCCAAGUCCUUCGACCAGAAAGCCAAGGAGAGCAGCAAGGAGAGCAUCACGUACCGGGAGGUGCUGGAGAGCGGCUUGACCAGGGCCAGGGAGCUGGGCAACUCGGAGAGCAACCUGCAGGACAUUACUGAGGCCAGCAACCACUGCCCGGUGCAUCUGUUCAAGGAGCACGUCGAGCUGGAGAAGGAGAAGCUGAAGGAGUUCAGCGCGGCGAGAGCGGCUGAGGGGAUUUAUGAAUGUAAAGAGAAGAAGGAGGAUGUGAAGUCAGAGGACGAGGACGCGCAGGGGAAACUGAAGCAGAGACGGAGCAGGACGAAUUUUACUCUGGAGCAGCUGAACGAGCUGGAGCGGCUGUUCGAUGAGACGCACUACCCGGACGCGUUCAUGAGGGAAGAGCUGAGCCAGAGACUGGGACUGUCUGAGGCCAGAGUGCAGGUUUGGUUUCAGAACAGAAGAGCAAAAUGCAGAAAGCAGGAGAAUCAGAUGCACAAAGGGGUGAUCCUGGGCUCGGCCAGCCAUCUGGACGCAUGUAGAGUCGCUCCGUACGUGAACAUGGGCGCUCUGAGGAUGCCCUUCCAACAGGUCCAGGCCCAGCUCCAGCUUGAGGGGGUGACCCAUUCGCACCCUCACCUGCACCCCCACCUGGCGGCACACGCUCCCUACCUGAUGUUCCCUCCCCCGCCCUUCGGACUGCCCAUUGCAUCACUGGCGGACUCGGCCUCCGCGGCGGCAGCUGCGGCGGCGGCUGCCAAGAGCAACAGCAAGAACUCCAGCAUCGCUGACCUGCGACUCAAGGCAGGACUGCUUGGAGGCCACUGGCUCAGCCCCUUCCAGGCACAGAUCACAGCCCCAGGACCGUACAAAAAUGUCUGGAUGUCUGUCUGAAAACCAGCGGUUAGCAGCGGAGACUUUUAGCAAAAAAGAAAAAAAGAGCAGACUCAGAGUGGCUGAGGAAGGCUAGAGGUUGAACAGUGCUCUCAGAAUGGGGUUGUUUUUUUUAAACGGACAGACACUCAAAAGUUGGGACUCUCAACCUCACCGAGAAAUGACCAACAGCCACACUCGCCUCCAACCACUGUGUUCAUUUGUCUGUGCCGCUGCUGAGUGCAUGCGUUCAAACGAAGGAUAGCUCUAUCGGGGCUGGCCUCCAUUGUAACUGACAUUCACCAUGUUGAUCACUGCCAUGACAACUUUCCACUAUAAUCCGCACCUAGAGUCAAUAUAUAGUUUUUGAUUUUUCAUCGCACCUUGGACACAGAUGGAAAGCAGCACUCACACCAAGGGUACAAUCAUCAGUUUUCAGAGAAUUUCUCCUGUUUGCUUCUUGUUUUUUUUUUUUUUUUUGGCGGAGGAAAUGCUAUGUUGCUGUAUAAUUCCUCUGGGCACGAGUCAGGAGGACUUUAGCUUUCACGUUCAGAUUUUUUUUUUCUUCCUUUGCUCUGUCUUUUCUUUCGUGAUGUGUCCUGGGAAUAGAAGUAAAACUAGCUCUUGCACUUCAGGUCUUGUAUCAAGGUGUUUACAAUCCUUACUGCAAGAAAAUACUACUUCUAUAUAAGAUGGUGAGAUAUUGACUAAUUGGGGUCUCAUCACAAAAAUACAUUGAAAUGAGUUUUUUUUUCCAAAAGGGUAACUGCAAUUUUGUAAUUUAAAAUAUUACGGAAACAUCAGUUUAACUGAAAUGCAACUAUGUGCAGUUAAGUGCAAUACUGUAAAUAUGAAGAAAAAAAACAAAUAGUUGAUGUUUGCUAAUCAACAACUAACCAUUUUUUUUUGGCACUGAUACUGAUGUUUUCCAAGUUUAUUUUUUUUUCUCCACAGACACAUUUUUUCUAUGCUGUGUAAAUGAAAAAAAGUUGCUAACUCAUUUGCACUUGUGUGCCAUAACUCCCCAUAUGUGAUGGUACUCAAACACAGUUUUGUAUGUGUACAUUUUAAGAGGCAUCACGGUUGACAAAGCAAAUUAAUUUCAUCCUGUACAAAUAUAUAGAGCAGUUGCUUUAGGGGCAGGGAUCAUAUUCUUCUGGCUAAACUGUCCACCAAAGACUACCCCUUCAGAACCAUACGUAUAACAUCGCAAAUGAAUCUAAAGCAUCAGAAUCAUUUACAGUAUAAUUGUUAGUUGCUUCAUACAUGGUAUUGUGCAUUUUCCCCCCAGAUGAACACAAAUAGUAGCCAUUAGCUUCUAUCAACAAGAGAAAUUAAAUAACCUGUUUUAAGUACAAGGAGGAAGAACUGUAUUGUUUGCAAGCCUGUUGUUUGUAACAGAUUGCUGUCAAUUUCAAUAUUAAUUGCCUUUGAACUAGUAGAUCCUAGUUAGGUCUACCUCUAACAGUAAAUUAUACAUUGUGGGACUUUUGUUUUUCUGUUGUUCGCUGCCAUUAGGGUUUUUAGGAAUGUUUUCCGUUUGUUUAAUUGAGGUCAUAGGUGCUUUUAUUUAUUAUUUUAUCUAAAAGUUUAUAAAUGUUGAAUGGUCUGAUUUCAAGUGUACAUUUUUACAUGGCUUUGCAUUUAUUUUUAUAUACUUUUUAAAUGCUAACAUUUGCAGCAGUUUGAAGUGAAUGUGUGACUGCAGAACAUUUUUGUUUGACUAAAAAUGUAGCGUGUCCGAGUUUACAAACAUUUCAGGGACGGUGGAAAAAAAAUCAUAAAACUUUGUGUUGAAAUUUUCUUGAUGAUCCAUGGAAUUCGUUGUAUCCCUUUCUAAUUGACGUUUCAUAUGCAAGCAUGCCCAAACAUGGUUCGCCAUUGAGUUUGUAUUUUUUUUUCUGUUGUUUCACAAAAAAAGAAUGUACAUCUUGUACAAGUUAACUAUCAAUAAAAGUUAUAAAUAUUUGUAA